CAGCGCGUGCGGCUGCCGGUUUCCGUGGAGACGGGGAGGCCUGGCCGCGUCCAUGGAGCCGGGGCUCGUCGGGCCCGGGCCUUACCGCGCCACCCGGCUGUGGAAUGAGAUAAUCGAACUUUUCCGUGCUGGAAUGCCUCUACGAAAGCAUCGGUGCCGCUUCAAAAGCUAUGAGCGUUGCUUCAAAGCCUCAGAGGCAGUGGACUGUUUGCACGAACUACUUGGCUCUAACCAAAACUUUGGCCCAGAGGUGACCCGCAGUCAAACGGUUAAGCUGCUUAAAAAGUUCCUGAAAAAUCAUGUUAUUGAAGAUAUUAAAGGAAGAUGGGGCAAAGAGGACUUUCAAGAUGAUGGCCAUUUGUAUAGAUUUCCUCCUUCCUCACCACUGAAGCCAUAUCCAAAGAAACCUUCAUUUGGAAAGGAAGUCAUUAAAUUUCCAGAUUGGAAUGAUCCAAAGGCUGGCACUUCCGAAGAACGCAUUCCUGUGAAAUCAAUCAUGAUGAAUUCUGAAAUGUGGUAUAAGCGUCACAGUAUAGCUAUAGGGGAAGUACCAGCAUGCAAGCUUGUUUUUCGCAGAGAGUUAACACAAGAAAAUAUAGAAGAGAUAUGGAAAUCAAUGACUUUGUCACGACUACAAAAAGUCUUGGGUUUGGAUUGCCUGGAUGAAGUGAUUGAUACGAAGCUUGUGAAUUCAAAGCAUAUUGUCCAAAAUGCAUACAAUGUCAAUAAGCAAGGCAUUGUCACUUUAGAAGACAAAUCAAAGGACCUACCUCACUGGAUAUUGUCAGCAAUGAAAUGCCUAGCAAAUUGGCCCAUCUGCUCAGAUUUGAAGCAACCUACAUAUUCAGGAUUUGAAAGAGAUGUCUUCAAAACAAUAGUGGACUACUUUGGCCAGAUGAAAGAACCACUUCUUACAUUUAAUUUUUUUGAUGUUUUUGUUAGUGUGUUAGGUCUGCUGCAAAAACACAGUGAGGCUAUAGAAGCUCUUCAAAUAUCUUGUCUCCUGCUGCCACCAGAAAAUCGGAGAAAACUGCAGCUGUUGGUGAGAAUGAUGGCAAGAAUUAGCUUUAACAAGGAUUUGCCACCUCUUUCUGAAUCAGUGAGGACCAGAGUCUUGAUGGUUCAAGCAUUUUCCCGUUGUAUUCUCUGCUCGAAGGAUGAAAUGGACUUGGAUGAACUGCUUGCUGCUAAGCUAGUAUCUUUUCUCAUGGACAAUCAUCAGGAGAUAUUAAGUGUUCCAUCCUCCUUAAAAUCUUCUAUAGAGGAACAUGUUGUGCAUGUCCAAAGAGUUCAAAUAAAAUAUGCUGGAGCUGACACCAAUGCGACUUUUCCUGCUCCAUCGUUUUGCCAUCAAAUCAGCACAGAUGAAUUUGAAUACCAAAGGGCAACUGGCUCUCAGGAACCGCUGGCAGCUUUACUAGAAGAAAUUGCAACGAAUAAAGAAAUAUCUGUGAAAGACAAGAAGAAGAAGCUCAAACAAUUUCAGAAAUCUUACCCUGAAGUGUAUAGAGUACGAUUUCCUACUCCUGAAACUGAAGCAGUGCUAUUUCCAGAAAAAUCAAAACAGAAGCCACCACUUCUGAUGUGGGCUUUAAGAAAGCCAUUUCAACCAUUUCAGAGAACCAGAAGCUUUCGGAUGUAAAGAGUUUGUAUGUAAUACAUCAGCAAACUGAGUCAAAGCAAAUUUUCAAUGGAUCUUACACAAAAGGAGUCUGAGCAGCAUGUAAUUUGCUCAGAAAAAAUACUGGAGACUGUAGAGAACAUCAAUAGAGAAGUGUUGAGGACAUAGAAAUGUGAGCCAGUAUCAGUAUUUUUGUAAAUCAUGAUUUUUUUUGAUGUCUAUUUUGUAGUUCUUAAAAACAAGAUGAUUAACUUGCAUUGGGGAUAAGGCACGCUUGCUGUAGUUUGACCAUCAUUUCAAGGUCAAAACUUGUGUGCAAUGUAUUGUUAGUUAAUCAAGAGAAUUUUUUUCUUGUUGUAUAAACUAGGCCAUUUGUUCAUGCGUAGCUUGAGAAAUUCUUAAUCUGUAAGUAAACAAAUAAGUAUGUAACACUGGAUUUUGUUUUUCUGUUGUUUGCUCUGUUGUUCUUAUAUAAAAUUUAUUUCAUAAAACUGUAAAAACUCAUUCUUAAUUUUGAUUCUUACGAUGCAUUACAUCUAGAGUCAACUGUUGUUGAAGAGCCAUUUCUUUUUUUAGUAUAAACUUUAAAAGCCUUUUCCAAAAGCUGUUAUGAAAUAGUGCUGUACAAAUUUGGAUGGCUGUUCUCUAGAACUCAUUUUAUCAGGAAAAUUUAGAUCUUUGUAUUUCUUCUGGAAAUGCAAAUAUUUACUUGAUUUUGAAGUAUUGAGUACCUUUAAUGAUUUUGUUUGUUUUCCAUUAUGAAAACUAUUGUACAUGUAACUUGACUGGGAGUAUAACCUGAUUCUGGCAACAAUUUUGAUCUAUUAAAACACUGUUUGCAGACA